GAGAGCUGGUCAGCAGUCAGGAAAAAAGAAUUGCCAAACUUGAGGAGCAGCUGUCUAAAAUGGACGUCUAAUGGACCCUGAUCCCUUCCCCUUCUUCUAUUCAGGAUAUCCCAUUGGCCAGGUGGGCGGGACCCGUCACUGCCAAUCACCAUGACAGCGUUCCGUCUGAAGCCUGCCUUGAAAAGACUCCAACCAACAUUCCAAGAUCUUUUUUUUUUCUUUUUUUGCAAUCCCCAAAACCUGUUUAUACCUCAUAGCCAUUUGGAAAACUAGAAACGCCUUCAAUUUCUCUCAAAAUUUGACCUGUUUAGCUUUUUACUCAGUCUCACUCCAAAUCUUUCUGCAACGGCUGUGUUUUAACUGGUGUUCUUGAAAGGUCUUAAGUUUUUUGUUUUGUUUUUCUUAUUAAAAUUGUGACCAAGCAGAUUGCAUCAUGAAACCGUUACAUGAACUUGAUGAGCUCAAAGUUUGAAGUAGCCAUCAGUAUUGCAGUUCCCCUCUCACCCUUCUGAGUUGCCAAAUUUAAUGAGAAGUUAUGCACCUCCCUGACAGUGUUUGACUAGCUUUUCAUUUUGGACUUUGUAUAAGGGACAAAGCUAUAUGCUAGUAAUGCAAGGAGGGGAAAUCAUUGGAACCAUUCGUCAAUGUUAUAGGUGUCUUUCUAGAGAAUAAAAAAAAUAAAGAUUUUAAUCAAACAUGUAGAGUUGACAAAUUUACAAACCAGUACUGGAAAACAAUAUAGGUGCACUAAAAUAUUCCACUUUUUUUUUAAUCAGGUACCAAUGUAAAAGUAUUAAAAUGUUAAUUAGUUUAAUAAUCAAAAUAAUUGUGGUUCUGAUGGUUGCCAUGAAUACAGCCAAUGUGUACUCUACUCACAACUCCAAACAAUUUCUUGAUGGCAAACAUUGCUCGUCAUCAUAAUGGUAAUACAAGCAAAUUGAGUCCGCUUUUCUAGUUUCCACAUAUCUGAACUUUUCUUCAUUCAUGUUCUGUUUCCUGAAUGAAGCCAGAACCAGUACGGCUCUCACUUUGUAAACUCUAGAAGGUCUCCGCUUCUAGUUUCACAUCCCAAAACAUGAUGAUAUAAGCUCAGAACAAGAUAACGCCCAUAGACCUUCAUUAGCUUCAGCAGCAAAACUCUGUUGCGUCGUUUGUUGCUUCACCAGCUCGAUAGCUUUUACUCUGACUUUGUUCAGACAUCGUUCAGCUUUCAAGUGUUUGCUUUCGCAUUAAUUCCUACAAAUCUCAUCUUGAGUUGUGCCGGCCACACCAUCUCAGAAACGAGCUUGUUUGAUGUACAUACUUUUGCUGUGAAUUGUAGACUGUGACCACCAGCACAAUAGUGAGUCAUGAUUGGCUUCCUUUUCCUAAUAAGUUCUUUUGCGACGCUCUCCUAGUCAAGCAAGAACCAGUUCUCUCCAGGGAUGGCUCAGGUCUAGAUGAUGAUUUCACGAAGGUAUUAUGUGUGCCACAAGUUUGAGCUGAUGACAACUGGCUUUUUUUGUUUGCUUAUCUAUUGGCCAUGUCAGGAAGAGAGGAAACUGUGAUUCUGUUGUUCAGAUUGCUUUGGCUACAUCCUUCGUCAGAGCCUUCUCUUGUGGUUUUCGUUUUGACGCUUCUGCAUAUCUCGUUUCGGUUCGCCUCUUUCAUAGAUUCUGAAAAGCAUCUUCCCUCCUCCACAAGCUUUUUCGUCUAAAAUAGCCAGCGUCUUCUCACCUCAGAAACAUUACAGCGAGGCUUCAGAUCUGUGUCUGACAGCGACAACUCAGUACCUCUGAUGUCAAUCUUUUCUUGGUGAAGUUUUAAAGUGAAGGGUUUGAAAAUGUAGGGGCCGUGUUAAUGGGUACAGAUGUGCCAAGAUGUGCGAUGGAUCCAUUUUGAGUGUUUAAGUGGCCUCAGGAGGCAUCUGUGAUGCAGCCUCGAGCGUGUGGUUUCAAAGGAGUGAAUGAUUGAAGUGAAAAGGGAUUUUUGUAGGUUGAAAAGAGAAUGCAGAAAGAAGUGGAUGUAAGUGAUUUAUUUGGAUGCUUUGUAAAUAUAUAUAUUUUUUUAGUUUUCCUUUACAUUUUUUUUUUCUUUGGCUGUAGGAAGGUGUUUGUCCAUCAUUUGGAGUUUGAUGGUUUUAAAGAAUUCCCUAUUUUCCCACAUUAUCAUGCACACUGUGAGCCUUUAAUGUUCCAGUGAUAAAAUGAAAUUAGAAUCGAAAGGAAGGAGAUCUAGAAAUUCCAUUUUGUGCACAACUGUUCAAUUUUUGUUCAUUCAUCUGCUUCAAGUAUAAAGAGUCUUACUGAUUACCAGAAAAAUAAACUGAAUCAUUGGCCUUUGUCUCUCUCUCUUUUUCCUCUCUAAUUAUUAAACCUCUUUUUGUGGAAGCAUUGUUGGUUACAAGUUCUAACUUAGUGUUUUAGGGAACUAAGAUGUGAUAUUUAAGUCUCUCUCUUGCUCGUUUGUGUUUGCGUCACACUUUGAGAGCCUCCGCUUUAGCCUGACGCUUCAUGAGGUUUGACUUCCUGUAGGUUUUGCGACAUUGCAUUGUGAGUGUGUGAGGGGGCCUAACGUUCCAUUGAACUCCAGAUCAACACCCAGUCAACGGUAGAAACGGAUGAUGGCGAUGGUGACUAACCGACUUGGGUGUUUACCAGUUCUUGUUUUGCUGCUGACUUUGAGCAGUUUGGUCACGUCAAGAUCUCUUCGGACUAAAAGGCAAAUUAGUCACAACGAGACAUCGAUAAACCCCAACGACACACACAGUACAGCAACCGUAGCUCAAGCCGAGAAUGCAACAAGCACCACUGUGGAAACUUUGAAGGCUUCGAGUACGUUACAGACAGCAACUGGAAUACCUGAUUUCAAUACCUCAGCAACUACAGACUACCACCAUGCUCCAGAUUUGAACCACACCCAACAAAGCUACGCUGCAGGAACCGAGAACCUGACAGUCCACCGGUCAACAAAUAACGAGAGUGCUUUUCACACCCAACUUCCCACAAUAAAUAACAGUACUGGACACAUUUCACAUGCAGGAAGUUCUGCCCCCACAUUUCCUGCGUCGCUGGAGCCCGGUAAGGUAACAGAGAAGCACACGACAGCAACGGCGACGACAAGAAUAUCCACAGAUGCAAAAAAAAUUACCACUCAAGUUACUUCAACCAUCUCUAAGAAAUCAACCACAACAACGACCCACUCAUGUUCCACUGCCUCUUCUCAAGGGGACGGACUUGUGAGUCGUUGCCUCAUCGCCAUUGCCUCGAUGGCUGCGUUGACCACCAUCUUUAUCAUUAGCACCAUCUGCCUGGCUACCAAACUCUCGGGAUACAGGCAUAAGGCGCAUCUUCUCCAGGAAACUGAGAUGGUCUGCAUUUCUGCCAUGAUGAACGAUACUGAUCACCCGGUUCCAAAGCCAAGAAGACAUCCCAAAAGUAACGGAGCGUUGAUCCCCAAUACUGAGGAUGGAGAUCCUGACGAAGAUAAUCUCACUCUAAACAGCUUUCUUCCCGAUACCGAGGGCCCUCUUUAGAAGUUUAGACCUGUAUGCACUGAGAAACAGGAUGCAGCAUGGGAUUUUUUGCUCUCAAGCAUUAAGUCCGUGCUCAGGUUUGACCCAAACCCAGCUCUGGAAUGGUUUGCACUGUCCUCAGUUUGUCUGUGGUACAGGUUUAUCAGUUUUCUCACUCAAUGAAGUUCUAGCAAUAAUCUGAUGCCUGGCUUUUAAAACGACCAUUUUAUGAUUUGCUGUACAAUAAUCCACAUCUUUUAUUUAAUCCGUGGAACAUUUCAUUGUU